AUGACCAACCAGGUGACCAGCCAGGUAACCAGCCAUGUGACCAGCCAGGUGACCACCCAGGUGACCACCCAGGUGACAACCAACCAUGUGACUAGCCAUGUGACCAGCCAUGUGACCACCCAGGUGACCAGCCAUGACACCAUCCAUGUGACCAGCCAGGUGACCAGCCAGGUGACCAUCCAUGUGACCAGCCAGGUGACCAGCCAGGUGACCAACCAUGUGACCAGCCAUGUGACCAACCAGGUCACCAGCUAUGUGACCAGCCAUGUGACCAGCCAGGUGACCAACCAGGUGACCAUCCAUGUGACCAGCCAUGAGACCAGCCAUGUGACCACCCAGGUGACCACCCAGGUGACCAGCCAGGUAACCAGCCAUGUGACUAGCCAUGUGGCCAGCCAUGUGACCACCCAGGUGACCAGCCAUGUGACCAUCCAGGUGACCAGCCAGGUGACCAGCCAGCCAGGUGAUCAGCAGGUGACCAACCAAGUGACCAGCCAUGUGACCAACCAGGUGACCAACCAAGUAACCAGCCAUGUGACAAACCAGGUGACCAGCCAUGUGACCAAUUAUGUGACCAUCGCUGUGACCAACCAUGUGACCAGCCAGGUAACCAGCCAGGUGACCAGCCAGGUAACCAGCCAUGUGACCAGCCAUGUGACCAGCCAGGUAACCAGCCAUGUGACCAACCAGUUCACCAGCUAUGUGACCAGCCAUGUGACCAGCCAUGUGACCAGCCAUGUGACCAGCCAUGUGACCAGCCAGGUGACCAGCCAUGUGACCAGCCAUGUGACCAGCCAGGUGACCAGCCAGGUAACCAGCCAUGUGACCAACCAGGACACCAGCUAUGUGACCAGCCAUGUGACCACCCAGGUGAUCAGCCAAGUAACCAGCCAUGUGACCAACCAGGUGACCAGCUAUGUGACCAGCCAGGUGACCAGCCAGGUGACCAGCCAUGUGACCAUCCAUGUGACCACCCAGGUGACCAGCCAUGUGACCAUCCAUGUGACCACCCAGGUGACCAGCCAAGUAACCAGCCAUGUGACCAACCAGGUGACCAGCUAUGUGACCAGCCAGGUGACCAGCCAGGUGACCAGCCAGGUGACCAACCAUGUGACCAGCAAUGUGACCAACCAGGUCACCAGCUAUGUGACCAGCCAUGUGACCACCCAGGUGACCAGCCAAGUAACCAGCCAUGUGACCAACCAGGUGACCAGCCAUGUGACCAGCCAGGUGACCAAUUAUGUGACCAGCCAUGUGACCAGCCAUGUGACCAGCCAUGUGACCAGCCAUGUGACCAGCCAUGUGACCAGCCAGGUAACCAGCCAGGUGAAUAGCCAGGUGACCAGCUAUGUGACCAACCAGGUUACCAACCAUGUGACCAACCAGGUCACCAGCUAUGUGACCAGCCAUGUGACCACCCAGGUGACCAGCCAAGUAACCAGCCAUGUGACCAACCAGGUGACCAGCUAUGUGACCAGCCAGGUGACCAGCCAGGUGACCAACCAGGUGACCAGCCAGGUGACCAGCCAGGUGACCAGCCAUGUGACCAACCAGGUGACCAGCCAUGUGACCACCCAGGUGACCAGCCAGACCCUCCCCUCCCCUCUGCCCAUGCCUCGAGGCAAGCGCCACCAGGCGGCGGAUAGCUACCAGCUAGCGGGAGGGCGCAAAACUACAUCAAAACUAUGUCUCAGUCUCGGCAUGGCGGGUUCGUCGCACCAGUGA